UCUUCUCUAACAAGGCUUCGUAGAGAAGGAAGAAGACUGGGGAAGAUGGAUAAUGGCGAAUCAUCAUCAACCAACAAUUCGUCGCGUCCAUGGGAAUCUUACAACACCGUCUUCACCAACGCUAAAGCCGGAAUGGAGGGAGUUGAUAAGGAGAAAGUCCAGAGGAUUGUCUAUGAAAUGAGUAAAGGGUCCAAAUAUUUUCAGAAUGAGGAACGUAAAGAUGCUCUUAUGAAACAAAAGAUUGAGCAUAUGCGUGACCGAUGUGCAAAGCUUUCUUCUUCUGUUUUAUCUACUUAUCAAAAGGUCGUUGAUAGAAGGAUCUUAGAGCUAGAAGCUUCACGUGACCUUUCCAGGAUUUGGCUGCAUGUUGAUAUGGAUGCUUUUUAUGCUGCUGUUGAAACUUUGAGUGAUCCUUCGCUCAAGGGAAAGCCGAUGGCUGUUGGAGGAUUGUCCAUGAUCUCUACCGCUAAUUAUGAGGCAAGGAAGUUUGGGGUCCGUGCAGCUAUGCCUGGCUUCAUUGCUCGUAAAUUGUGUCCAGACUUGAUAUUUGUUCCUGUAGAUUUCACCAAGUAUACUCACUAUAGUGACUUAACAAGAAAAGUUUUUGGGAGCUAUGAUCCUCACUUCAUUGCUGGAAGUUUGGAUGAAGCCUACCUUGACAUAACUGAGGUUUGUCGAGAAAGAGGUCUUUCAGGUGGAGAAAUUGCAGAGGAGCUUAGAUCUUCUGUUUAUUCCGAGACUGGAUUGACAUGCAGUGCUGGAGUAGCGGCAAACCGCUUGCUUGCUAAGGUUUGCUCAGACAUUAAUAAGCCUAAUGGACAGUUUGUUCUACAAAAUGACCGAUCAACUGUCAUGACAUUCAUAUCUUCCCUUCCCGUGAGAAAGAUCGGUGGAAUUGGUAAGGUUACUGAACAUAUUCUGAACGAUGCUUUGGGAAUUAAAACAUGUGAGGAGAUGGUGCAGAAGGGAUCCCUUCUCUACGCUCUGUUUUCUCAGUCGUCAGCAGACUUUUUUUUGUCGGUUGGACUGGGGCUUGGAGGAACAGACACCCCUCAGGUUAGGUCUCGUAAAAGUAUUAGCAGUGAGAGGACAUUUUCUGCAACAGGAGAUGAAAGAUUGCUAUAUUCGAAGUUGGCUGAAAUUGCAGAAAUGCUAUCUCAGGACAUGAAAAAGGAGGGUCUAACAGCAAGGACAUUGACACUUAAACUGAAAACUGCCUCCUUUGAGAUCAGGAGCAGAGCUGUUAGUCUGCAGAGGUACACAUGUUCAAGUGAUGAUAUACUAAAGCAUGCUACAAAGCUGCUGAAGGCGGAACUUCCUGUUUCCGUAAGGUUGAUAGGGUUGCGCAUGUCUCAGUUCAUGGAAGAAGUCCGCAAUUCUGAUCCUUCACAAGGAACUAUCACAAAGUUCAUCGUUCAAAAGGAUUCCUCAAGACAUGAUCUGGAUGAUAAUGAGUCAUUUGACAUAGAUGCUAGUAAAAAUUUCCUAAGUAACAACGAGAGCCGGAGUUUAUCCUGUGGUUCCCGUGAGACAAGCUAUGCCCAUCUUAAGCAUGUCGAAUAUGACGAACGGUCUGAUAUACAUUCUGAAAAGGUAAUUCCAAAUCAAAAAUGUAUGAAAAAGGAAGAAAUGCCGCAAGUAUUGGAAGGAGAUGCUCUUCUCAUAAAACACAGGGAGGGGAAACCAGAUACUAAUCACUCAAUGAAUGAUAAUCCUAAUGCACAAAACACCGAAUCAGUUUCAGUAUUUCCUCAAACAGAGCCGUUAUUUUGGGUUGAUGGCUACAAAUGCAUCUUGUGUGGGAUAGAGUUACCACCAUCUUUUGUUGAGGAACGACAAGAACACUCUGAUUUCCAUCUUGCUCAGAGACUUCAAAGCGAAGAAUCUGGCUCUAGCUCUUCCACGACACCUUCAAAACGAAGGUCAGUUCACCGUACCAAUUUAAAGCCUACUCCAUUAUUUUUUUUGUCCUCACAAGCCUCUGCACAAUUCUCACUGAAACUUUAUAACCAAACACAUAUCAGGAUUCUCGGAAAGGAAAAGGCAAAUUCCAAGCCAAAGAAGCAGAAACGAGAUCAAAAGGACAGUAGCAAACACAUCCCAAUACACACGUUCUUCAUAAAGAGCAACCAAAACUUGAACGAAACACAGAAGAAAUGAAGAUGGCUCUGAACCCACCGAAACUUAAUCUCUCACCGUACAAUCCCCUAGGCGAUCCCAAAUCCAUACCGUCGAUGUCAGACAUCCUGAAGUCAUCAAGAGCUCGAAAUCUAGACUUAAAGAUCCAGACUUUAGGACCAUUUUUCAGAGUGACGGGGAAGAACGCAGACACAGGCGGUGAGGUGGGAAGAGCAGAGGGAGUGGUGCGUCCAUGGUUCGGACGCGGCUUGGUUCUGCAUUUGGACACGAUAAGGCUGACGAAAGAGACGAUGGCAAUGGAUAAAUCUGUUCUUGGAGUUGGUUUAUACGUCGGAGCUGUAGCCAUUCGCCAUGGCUACGACUGUGGUUGCCGCACUGCUCAGCUUCUCGCUAUCUACGACUCCGAUCUCUACCAUUCCAAGCUGGUUAGGUUUUACAGAAGAAUUGGGUUCGAAGAGGUGAAAGAAGUGAGUGGGUCGUCGAUGGGAGACAUGGCUGACAUGUUAGUGUGGGGUGGAGUUGGCACUCGCAUGGAUGCUAAUAUCCAUCAUCUUCUUCUUAAAUGGUCCAAAGUUUUCCUCAAAUCACAUUCUUAAUUUCUUGUACAUGUCUGUAUAUAUUAUGUCUUAUCUACAUUCUACACUACACGAGAUGUUUGAAUACAUUUCAAGUUAUACUUUCCCUGGCAUACCAUAUCUUUUGGAUUUAACCAAAAUAUUAAGAGAUGUUUGACUACUU